CAUCAGCACAUUGGGUGACUUGGGUGCCGUAUUAUUUAGUCUUGCCUGCCCCAUAGUGAAAAUACCAACUAAAAUAAUAUAUACAUCAUAAAACUCUCUUGAGUCGAUGGGAGAGUCUUACAAACUCAAUUGAAAAUAGUUUGUAGAUCGGUUAAGCCUCAACUUUAGCGAAAUUUUGCCUAUUUUAAAAAACAACUAUAAAAUUUUCGAGGUAGCCCCGCAAUAUCUGUGUUAAAUCCCACACUUUUUGCCACUUCGCGCUUUAAACCACCGACCACCACUUCACUCGGUUGCAUUGCAUGUCGAACUUGUUCCGUGAUUUCGGCAAUUGACUUCGACAAUUUUUCCUGCUUAGCCACCUCAAAGUGUUUCCGUAAUGGAUGAUUUGGAUAAGGAACAAGUUGCCCUGCUGAAAAAGGCCUUCGAUGCCUUCGAUCAGGAGAAACAGGGAUUCAUUGAGGCCACGAUGGUUGGCACCAUCCUGGGAAUGCUGGGUCACCAGCUGGACCAGAAAAUGCUGGACGACAUCAUAGCAGAAGUGGAUGCCGAUGGAUCGGGUCAAAUUGAAUUUGAGGAGUUCGCCACAUUGGCUGCCCGGUUCCUCGUUGAAGAGGAUGCCGAGGCAAUGCAGGCCGAGCUAAAGGAGGCCUUCCGUCUCUACGACAAAGAAGGCAAUGGAUACAUUACAACAGAUGUCCUUCGGGAAAUUCUACGGGAGCUCGAUGACAAAAUAACUGAAGAGGAUUUAGACAUGAUGAUUGAGGAAAUUGAUUCGGACGGUUCGGGAACCGUAGACUUUGAUGAAUUUAUGGAGGUUAUGACUGGUGAAUAAAUCCUUCAUCGUAUGCAUAUCAAUCGGUGGGACAAGUGCAUCUUCGCAUUAGGAAAUUUUUUAAUCAGCUGUAAAUUGCUCAAUCGAAAUAUAAAACUAAAAAUAAGUCCAUUCAAAAAUAAAUUCAGUUAUACACGAUUAUAAAUUAAUUGAAUUUAUAUAAUUAAAUGAUGCACCAGCUAUGAUA